AUGCUCACCCUCCAGCGACUCCUCUCGCUGCCCGUUUUCCUUUCGACAACCCUAAUCGCACACGCACUCGCCGCACCAGGCGGCUUCAUCGACGACGACAAAGAUGGCGGAGACGACAAACCGGACUACGCAGCAGCGCUGACGGGCGGUGAAGACUGCAACGACAAGGCUUUGAAAGCGAUAAGAGAAGGCUUCCACGAGAUGAACAAGCUCUUCGCCGUCACUCGCGAAAUUGACUGGAGCCAAGAACCUGAGAUCGAGUUCUUCGGUCGCGAAGACCGUAUAGCGAACUACACGGACAUGAUCGCCGGGAAUCUACUGCGCGCGCAACAAUAUGCGAAUCUGAAGGGCAAUGCGGCGCGGAAUCCGGAUAUACACGUGCGGUGCGACGAUCCGAACGACAUGUGUGACGAAGGAAAUAAGAAAGACGGGAAACAUGUGGCGUAUAAUAUUGGUAAUGAGCCGCAUAUCAACUUCUGCAAGAAGUAUUUCGAUCUGGAUCCGUUGGAUGAGGAGGUGGAUGAGGAAGCGAGUGAUUCGCAGACGAGACUUGACCUAUUGAACUAUUAUAAUCGAGCGACGGCAUGGGCGAGGAUGGUAAUGCAUUUCUCUGAUAUCGGUCAAGCCGUCGUUGUAACACCCGUGCCGACUAAUCAGUCCAAUUCCACAAGCGAGUGGACCCUGAGCACAACAACUGGCCCGAUGAACACAUCUGUCCUUGCCGGCGUCAUAGACCAGCACCCAGACACAAACGGACCGAACAACAUCCGGGUGCUUAAGUACGCAUACGGCGUCACGCGGGCGAAGCUGCUAGCCACUUUAUCGACCCAGGAACCAUAUGACGCUGCGAACAACGCGGAGAAUUAUGCACUGUAUGCGCAGGCGCGCUACGUACUACAGGAGAAGCAAUUCUUCCCUAAUAUGCCGAUAAUGAGCUUUGGUAAUGAUUUGGCGGUCCUCAGCAACGAGCAGAUCCAGGAUGGGGAUCGCAAGAGGUUUGCAUGCUUCGACAUGUCGGACGUGGUGUAA